GCCUUCGUUUGUUUCGAUUUGCGGCGUGUUGCGAGCGGGGGUGUGGUGUGUGAACUUGUGCAUUUGUUAUUCUCGCCAAAACUAAAAAUGGCUGAUGAAAACGUCAACGGAGGAGAGGGUAACGAAAACGGAAGUGUUCCAGAGGUCGAGCUCAUCAUCAAGGCGUCGACCAUCGAUGGCCGGAGGAAGGGCGCGUGCCUGUUCUGCCAGGAGUACUUCAUGGACCUGUACCUGCUGGCCGAGCUGAAGACCAUCUCGCUGAAAGUCACCACCGUUGACAUGCUCAAACCGCCACCAGACUUCAGGUCCAACUUUGACGCGACGUCGCCGCCCAUCCUGGUGGAUAACGGGCUGGCCGUGCUGGAAAACGAGAAGAUCGAGCGGCACAUAAUGAAGAACGUGCCGGGCGGCCACAACCUGUUCGUCCAGGACAAGGAGGUGGCCACCAAGAUUGAGAACGUCUACAGCAAAUUCAAGCUGAUGCUGAUGAAGGGGGACGACCACUCGAAGCAGGUGCUGCUCUCCGUGCUGCGGAAGAUUGACGAGCACCUCGGACAGAAGAAGACGCGCUUCCUGACGGGCGACACGCUCUGCUGCUUCGACUGCGAGCUGAUGCCCAAGCUGCAGCACAUCCGGGUGGCUGGAAAGUUUUUCCAAGAGUUUGAGAUUCCGGCCGAGUUUGAGAACCUGUGGCGCUACAUGCACCACAUGUACUUGCUGGACGCGUUCACACAGUCGUGUCCGGCCGACCAGGACAUCAUCAACCACUACAAGCUGCAGCAGGGCACCAAGAUGAAGAAGCGGGAGGAGCUGGAGACGCCCUCGUUCACCACCUCGAUCCCAGCCUCGGUGCAGGUGGAGUGAUCGGCACUGUCCGCACACCAGUAGAGGUCCAGCGGGCCGGCGCGGCCCUGCGCGUGCCUUACCGCUCCGCCCGACCCGCCCGCCCGGCUGUCCGGCCGGGUAGGUGGGUCGGUGGGGAGUGGAGAGUGGAGACCAGCCGGGCUGGAGCUGUACGACUUCCAGAGACCGUCCUGUGUAGGUGGUUCCAGCGGCGGUCAAGCGCUGUCCCGGUGCGUCGUAGGGCGAUGCUGACCGGCCAUGCCAGCCGUGGCUUCUAUUUCUGUCAGUAUGUCUGUCUGUUUAGUUUGUUUAUCGGUUAACGCCGCCUGGCGACGUGAUGCCCGCAGAAAUUGAAGAAGAAAUGGCCAAACGACUUACCUGGGUUACUUCUAUGUGCUUUGUCUACUUCCCGCACAGCGUAUCGCGUCUCUGAGACGUGGCAGGCCGGCUCCGUCCGGCUCCCUGGCGCUAGCGACUACUGCAGUCAUCCUUGUGUUGUCCCGGGUCCGUCAAGCUGCACAGUGCACAGACGGACGUGCUUUCUAGGUUUAGCCACAUAUGUUAAGUAUUCUUCAGUAAAGUUUUAGGGAGCUGUUUAGAGUCGCUGCCUUUUUGAGUAUUUACAGCGUGCCUCGCGUGCGGUGGCAUGAGAUGCGCUGCCGUUGUUAUCGCUAUCAUAAUCGAAUGGCAGGCUGGUGUCUGUGCUGGGUCGCGUCCGGAAAGAAAACCGUCCAAAUGUUUGGGAGAUUCAGCGGUCAUGCGUUCCAUUGCGUGAUGAUCAACGAACUUUUACUAUGCGCUGCUUUUUUCUUGGAAAAACUGCUGUUUUCUGUAAACAUUCCAACGGAAAUUCGUGCUUACUGUUGCGGCUGAUAUAUUUUGGACCAUCGAUGUUUGGCGAAAGCUGUUGAUUUGAGUGCUUCUCUCGCUGUUAUUCAGUUUAUCGACUAUGAGACGGACGCCGCCUGGUAACGGUCGUCACACGCCGUCACGGCCGGCUGAGGACGUGUGACGGCAUGCACAGAAUGCGUGAUGAAAUAUAUAUUGCAUAUAUUCUGA